UUGUUUUUAUUAUGUAAAGAAUUUAGUAGGAAUGUACAUAUCCUUCCAAGGUCGUUAUUUUAAAGCCGGUCGUUUGACGUUGUGUACAGCUAUUAUACUUAGUAGAGUAAAUAUAUGUAAUACUUGUUAAUCGAUUUAAUCGGGCUUGCUGUCUGCUAAACAUUGUCCACACACUUUGCGUGUUAACCUAACCUUGUCUUCUACGCCUUUUUUUAAUUAUUAUUAUUCUUUGAUAACGUUAUCAUACAACGACUAAUUAUACACAUAUGUGUUCCUAUACUUCAAUUAGUGAGCUUUAUUUUGAAUCGCAAUCGACUGCUACCUAUUGGCUACUUUGUACUUGCUAUACUUAUGUGUCUAAUUGUCCAGAAACCUAAUCAGCAAAAGAAAAGAAGCAACUCAUCACCAAUACAAAGUGCCGGUAUUCUUAUUCAUAUACAGAUAAUCAGCUAGUCUAGUUCUAGUGUCUAGUGUCAGUAUAUAUACACAAGUCAACAAAUAUAGGCAAUAUAACAGGCACGUCGAUGAAAACCAAUACGAUCAGGAGUUGACUGGACAAGUGUUGCACAAGCUUACCAGACACAUAUUAUAAUUGUACAAGAGUUUAAGCUAUCUAACAUGUUCUCACUUUCACGUUGUAUUGGCAUGUCGGGAGCUAGCUGGCUCAAGCGUUACCAGUACAACUCAAAUUUGACACAUGAAGGCAUCAAGCUUUUCUCUCAGAAUCAAGCUCACGGUCGUGCUCAUCUGUACCAUAGCAAUAGAUUACACAGCAAAUUCAAAUUGUGCAGACUCAAAAUGAGUAGCUGGCUCCGUGAACAGGGCAUACAGGUCUUCAGAGCUUGCACCAGGCAAUGCGAGUUUAUAGCUGCACAGAGGGUUAAGAGAAGUAUACAGAUUUUUUACCUUUACACCAGGCUGUGGGACGAAGUUGCUCUCAAUGAAUUUCUAAGAUCAAUUAGGCACAGAAUUGCAAGGAACACUAGUAAUUUCCUGGCCGGUGCAGUUGGCUUUACUAUUUACAAUUGGGAGCAGGAAAGAAUUGCAGAUGAGGAAAUUUUAAGCUACAGUCAGGAAAUCGAAGGACUGUACAAGCUGAAGGAUUUGACAGUUGUGUGUUCCAAGUGCCACUUGAGGUUGAUUGUUGAUGGUAAACAACCUGAAAUCGAGUACUGUCAAUGCCAUGAUGUCAAGUGUGCUGUCAAAAAAGCUGAGCAAGAAGGAUCUGAGUGGGAACCUUUUAUUGAACGUCAGGAUAUGUUAGUGUGGAGAAGAGAAGAAAAAAAUGCCUCUGGAUUGUAUUCCUAUAAAGUUUAUGGGUCUUUUGAUGAUGUCUCUGCUGAAGACUUCUUACAAGUUCAAAUAGAUAUAGAUUACCGCAAAGAUUGGGAUGCCACCGCCAAAGAAUUAGAAGUAAUAGACACAGACCCUAAGUUUGAGGACGUUAAAGAUAGCUGUAGCGAUGUUAUUUAUUGGGAAAUGAUUUGGCCUAGAAUGUUUGCCAAUAGAGAUUACGUUUAUCAAAGGAGAUGGCUUUAUAACGAAGAAACAGGCGUUGUAGUAAUAGUUAGCAAAGAAACCAGUCAUCCAAAAGCUCCUGUCAGAUCGGACACUUACAGGGUAACGACAUACUGGUCUUACAUGGUCAUAAGGCCACAAAAAAAUUUUUACGAACCCGGGAUUGAAUUUGUUUUAACUUAUUUUGAUGACCCUGGAGUAAAUAUACCAUCAGCUGUGACGGCUUGGGUUGCCAUGUCGGGUUUUCCAGAUUAUUUAUGUCGUAUGAGAGAAGCUGGUAAAAAUUACAAGAGUUAUAAAAUGCAAAAAUCAAUUCAUCUGAUUUCCGAAUCUAUGACCACAACAGACGAUCAAGAGGAUAAUUUAAAUGUAAAUAACGAAACAAGCGAUCAAAGCAAUGAAACUAUUUCUGGUGAUAUCGAAAUCAGUGAAGAAACAAUAGAUUUAAAAAGUUUUGAGACUUUGAAAUUUGUAGAAAAAGAAUCUGAUAUAACAUUAGAUGAAACAAAAAAAGAAGAGCCUACUGAAGCACAGUCAGCACAAGAAGACACUCAAGGAUUCUUCGACUACCUUUUAUUUGCCAAGUUAUUUGCCUAGCAGUUAUUUAAACGUAAAUAAUAAGCGACGAAUUAUAUUUCAAAGGUUCUUCUUAGUCCAUUGAAAGGAUCAUGAAUUGAAAAAUUUUCGAUCGAUUUGUACAGAAAAGUAUAUGUAUUUAAUGUAAAUAAUGCACUUUAAUUCUUAGAAGCAUAAAAUGAAUGUCUGAAGACAUCACUCUAGCAUAAUCAUUUGAAUGCAUCUUUGAUUUUAUCCAUCAUAUCACGAAAAAUUGUACAUAGGUAUUUACUUUAUUCAAAUUAUGUAAAAUUUUUACGUAGUUGAAUUUAAUAAAACACGUU